UCGACUAUAACGCUGCCAGGCCAAUUUCUUCUUGUUUUGUUUGUAGAUUUUUUCCCAAUGGAAUACGGCUCAUUAUUUUGCAUAAUUUGGAACACAUUUCAAUUUCCCUUCGGUGGACAAGAUUGUCAUGUGAUUGUGUGGUGCAGACGAUUGGAGAUGAAAACUGUGCCAUUAUUUCCAGUUAUCUGCGUUUUAAUGGCUGCGAGUUUUGAACUUGCCGUUCAAGAGGAGACUGUUAACAUAGGGGUGAUAGUUGAUUCCACUUCCUGGUCGGGAAAGAUAGCAAAGACUGCCAUCAAGUUAGCGGUGGAAGAUGUCAACAAUCAAUCUCAGCUAUUCAACGGCACUCAAAUGUUUCUUCACCUGCAAGAGGCGCAAACACCAAUUGAAACCCUUUCCGCUGCUGUUGAUCUUUUGGCCAACGAAUUAGUGGCAUUGAUACAAACACAGACAUCUGACGCUGCGCCGUUUGUAUCAGAUCUUGGAGAGGCAGCCAAUGUACCAAUUCUCUCAUUGUCUGUCACAAGCCCUGUCCUUUCCAACCAGAGAUUCCCUUAUUUUGUUCGCAUUGCACGCAGCGAUCGCGUUCAGAUGAAAGCCAUUGCAGCCCUGGUUAAGCAUUACGGUUGGAGAAACAUUGCAUUUCUUCACUCAGACGAUGACUUUGGUUCCGGGGCUAUGUCCGCGUUGCGUGAUGCCCUUCGAGAUCUCCACUCUGAAAUUGUUUACACAUCGAUGAUGCCUUCAACUUCACAGAAACAAACAAUUAGGGAAGAGCUUUAUAAACUAAAGUCAAUUAAAUCCAGUGUUUUUGUUGUUCACACCCCUUCUGAUCUGGGCAUCAAUCUAUUCACGGAGGCGCAAGAGAUAGGAAUGAUGGAGGCUGGUUAUGUAUGGAUAACAACACACGAGUUUACCAGUCUUUGGGAUUAUGUGGUAAAUGCUUCUACAAUGUCAUCCAUGCAAGGCCUCCUUGGAGUUAAAACACACAUCCCAAAUUCGAAACAGCUGAAUGAUUUCACCGAAAGGUGGGAACGACAAUUUAGACUCGAUAAUCCCAACAUGAAAAUCAGUGAGCUCAAUGCAUAUGGGUUGUUGGCCUAUGAUACGGUACUCAUGAUAUCCCAAGCAAUCGGAAAGAUGGAAAGGAACGCAAGGUUAAGUUUUCUGAAACCCUCAAGCAGUCUUUCAGUACUAGCAAAUACCAAAAUCAAGGUAUUCCAGCAAGGUAAGAAGCUGUUGCGGGAGAUUUUCUUAACGAAUUUCACUGGAUUAAGCGGACUUGUUAGGUUUGAUGAAGGGCAAAUGUACGGUUCUUGUUAUGAGAUAGUGAAUGUGGUUGGAAAAAGCUAUCAAAUAGCUGGGUAUUGGCCUUCUAACUCAUCCAUGUUUCUCAAAGCACUUCCUCCAUCUUUCGGUAACAAGAUGCUUCGAUCCGUGAUUUGGCCUGGUGGGUUUGUCACGGUUCCUCGCGGUUGGGUAAUACCAAGCAAGCUGAAGAUCGCAGUGCCUGUGACUGGAUGGGACCAAUUACUCAAUGUCUCAUUUAACCCACAAAGUAAUGAAACUAAAAUCAGUGGGUUCAUCAUUGAUGUAUUUCAUGCUGUUGUGAAAAAGCUUGACUAUCAACUGCAGUAUGAUUUAGUUCCUCUUUAUGGGCGAAGUGAUUCUCAUGAUGCAAAUGAACUCAUCCGCCAAGUCUAUCUCAAGAAAUACGACGCUAUUGUGGGUGAUAUUACAAUUACAGCAAACCGGAGUGAAAUUGUUGAUUUCACACAACCAUUCACGGAAACAGGUUUAGUGAUCGUAGCUCCCACGCCCAUUAAGGAUGAAGCUAACAACGCUUGGACAUUCUUACAACCAUUUAGUCCAGCACUGUGGGCUACAACGGCGGCGUUUGUUUUAUAUACAGGAGUAGUGGUGUGGCUGCUUGAGCAUAAAACAAAUCCCGACUUUAGAGGAAGUCUCAUUACCCAAGUGGUCACUCUGAUUUGGUUUGCAUUUUCUGCCGUGUUUUACGCUCACCGAGAGAGAAUCCAUAACAAUUUGAAUCGAAUAGUUAUUGUAGCGUGGCUGUUCGUGGCGUUGGUUUUAACGUCCAGCUAUACAGCUAAUCUCAGCUCGAGACUGACAGCCCAACAAAUUACUCCACUCAUAAAUGGCCUUGGUAACUAUAAACUGGGUUAUCACGGUUCGUGUGCCGGAAGUUUUCUAAGGGACAAAUUGGGAAUGGCCGAAAAACAACUGGACCAAACUUCAUCUCCACGGGCGUAUGAGGAGGCGCUGUCAAAAGGGGCAAAGAAUGGGGGCGUAGAUGCCAUUAUAGAUGAGAUACCAUAUGUUCGUGCUUUUCUUUCUGGCCGAUGCGGUUAUUCAAUGGUGGGGCGCACAUACCGAAAUGGAGGCUUUGGUUUUGUUUUCUAUAAAGAUUCUUCUUUAGUACAAGACUUUUCGAAAGGGAUUUUAAACCUUCAAGAUAGCUGUGAGCUUCAAGAGAUUGAAGACAAGUAUUUCAAAGACUCUACGAAUACAUGUUCUAAUUUUCAAGAAUAUGCAACAAGACUAGAUGUGGUAAGCUUCAAGGGACUCUACCUAAUCACAGGAAUGGCAUCAUCUUUGGCUUUAAUCAUAUUCCUUUUUCAAGCCCUAUACAAUUACACCAAAGGUGCCAUGCUUUCAAGACAAGAGAUUAGCAUAUGGGAAUAUAUCAAAUCUUUUCCUAUGUAUUUAUAUCAUGAGUCCAUCAAAUAGAGAGUUCAGAUGAAUAUCAUCAUUAGAUA